AGAACAGAUUAAAACUAAAAGGUUUUGGUGGAAUUAAUUCCUUUCAUAGCAUUUGAGUUUUAUCUUAAGAAAACCAUAUCGAUCAAAUAGGCAAUGCAUGUAAAGAAGGUAAUACUUGUUUUCUAAGUUGUAGUUGAAUCCAGUAGGCAAUCAUCUCACACAAAGUAUAUGAAGCAGUUUCAUCAACGGAUGCCUCCUUCCGAGUUCCAUUUCCAAAAAACAAAGUAAAGGGAAACUGAACAAACAAAACAACAACUACAAGAAAAAGAAAGACUCACUUUACGCGACGAGAUCCAUCAUACGAAAAUAGGCUGAUAUAUAUUCCACACACAGCACAUCAGUCACCUCACCCCAACCUACCUACCAUCCCCAACAUUUUAGGGUGAAUUGACUAAACUGCCCCUCCAUCCUAGUACCAGCCUACCAGGACCCUACCAAGAAAAUGAACCAUGCCCACCACCAACCAAGUUAAUACCAGAUGAUGAAAUGAUAUAAUACAUGACCAAACGCAGAAGAAUCUGACAGAGAAGAGAAGAAAAUCUUCUCAUCUCACCCACUCACACCUUGGAAAAGUCACACAAUCGUCGAAUUGAGUUGGAAUUAUUUGGCUUGUGUUUGUAUCAUCUUUACAUAAAGCCAAAGAAGCCAAAACAAGAACAAGGAAAAAAACACAUACCAUUAAAUUUCAGAACAAUAACCUAGUAUUCUAUCUGAUACUGACAUAGUCAUGGCUCCUCAGUCUCAGUCCCAGCCACCACCACCGUCAUCGGAGGACAAGACGGAGGCUCUGGAUGCUCUGCUUCAUGCAUUCGGGUUCGAGAUUGAAGAAGUGACACCCCGAAAGGUCUGUGGUCACUUCAGAGUCACCGAAAAGAGCUGUCAGCCAUUCAAAGUGUUACAUGGAGGUGUGUCAGCUCUGAUAUCCGAGUCUCUGGCUAGCAUGGGAGCUCACCUGGCUUCUGGUUUACAAAGGGUGGCUGGAAUUCAGCUCAGCAUCAACCACUUGAACCGAGCUGAGCUCGGUGAUCUUAUCUACACUGAAGCCUCACCCAUCAGCGUUGGCAAAACCAUUCAGGUUUGGGAGGUGCGACUUUCAAAGAUGGAUCCUUCAAACUCAGACAUCAAAUCCCUAGUAUCAUCAUCAAGAGUUACUCUUCUGUGCAACAUGCAUGUGCCAGAGCAUGCAAAAGAUGCAGGUCAAGCCCUCAAGAAGUAUGCCAAAUUAUAGAAAUUUUGUAACCCUGUUUAUUUUUCAACACUUAUUUGUUACUGAACCUAAUGAAGAAAUUAAAGAAUCUAUUACACGCA